CUAAACAUAAAUUCACAAACAAUUGAGCGGUUUAUAUAUUUUUGAAGCUGAAAAAUCGAAAAUCGUAUCAUAGAACAAAAUAAGAACUUAUAAUAGGCAUUCUAUUUAGUUAUAAAAUUACCAUAAAAUUCAAAUAUUAUUUAUAAACCAAAUACCCGAAAGUUUAAAAUAAAAUAACAUGUGCCACCACUGAACACGUGCAACAAAUAAAUACAAUAAAAAAUGUGCAAACAAAAAAUAACAAAACAUGCGUAUCACUAUGAUUUCAACUAAACAUGCGUAUCACUAUGGUUUCAACUAUGCCUCAACAUAUUAAUUAGGAAGAAAAAAUCUGAAUCGAAGCCGACAAAAAAUGAAUCUGAAACUGAAAUAUUUCCCAAAUAACCGAGCAGUUCAUAUAUUUCUGAAACUGAAAAACCGUGUUGCAACCGAACAAAGAACCGGAUGAGUACUUAAAAUAUAAAUUAUAUUGAGUUUCAAAAUUACCAAAAACUUAUAUUGCUAAAAUAUGAAAUACCCAAAUAUUUAUUUAUCCAAAAUAUUUAAAAUUAUUUGAAUUACCGAAAUAUUAGAAUUAUCCAAAUAGUUUUUGUUUCAAUAUUAAAAUUUAUCUGGAUUAUCCGAUAUUAAAUCCCAAAACUGAAAAGAUCUGAUUUUACCUGAAUUAUCCAAAAUUAACCAAAACCAGAACUGAAUUGGAAUAAAAGCUUAUUGGAUAUUAGUUGGUUCUUACGAUUGGUACCCGAACUAAACCAAAGACCAAAAUAACCAAACCAAAACUAAAGAAAGUUUCAUAAAUAAUUGAAUGGUUCAUAUAUUUCUUGAACCUAAAAAAACAAAAGACCGAGAAAAACAAAAUGGAACUGAACCGAAAAUUGAACAUUCUUGCAUAGUUUCAACUGUUUGAGACCAAUUCAGCACAUAUCUAAAAAGAAAAAAAACUAUACUUAAUGAUAAAUAGUAUAUAUAGUAGAAUUUUUUUUUAAAUAAACAAUAAAUUUAUAAAAUAAAUAAACCAGUAAGUAUAUACAAACAUAACUUAUAUUUAACCGAAUAUAAUACAUCCCGCGCGAAGCGCGGACAUACCACUAGUAGUAUAUAUAUUAUAUAGAAAGUAACGUGUUAUUCUUUUUUUUCUCUGCCAAGAUUAACGUGAUAUACUUCAAUUACUCGAAGAUAAUUAGCAAAACAUGCCAGUUUCAAAAGCCGAGUCAGCUGACCAUAUCCAUAUGAUUUAUCUUAAUGAACUAAAUAUUUGAAACAUUACUAAUUAAAUACAAAUCGAAAAAAAAAUUUAAAUAAAAGAACGUAAGCGGGAACAAGUAAAACGGUAGACGAAGCAUGCCAUCUAGGUUGUUCGCUCAUUCUCUUCUUCAAAACCUUCUCUUUUAUAUACUCUCUCCUCUCUGCAACUUAUCUCCACAACACAAUCCAAAUCCAACGCUCCAACGUUUAUUCCAAGUCUCAACACAAAAUGGCUCCAACUCUCUCUACCGCUAACUUCGCAGACCCAGCUGAAGUAACCGAGUUCGUGGUCAACAAAGGCAAUGGCGUAAAGGGUUUGUCAGAAACAGGAAUCAAAGCUCUUCCGGACCAAUACAUUCAACCAUUUGAAGAGCGUCUCAUCAACAAGUUCGUCAACGAGACAGACGAAGCUAUUCCAGUCAUCGACAUGUCGGACCCUGAUGAGAACAAAGUCGCUGAAGCUAUCUGUGACGCUGCUGAGAAAUGGGGUUUCUUUCAGGUGAUCAACCAUGGAGUUCCUUUGGAUGUUCUUGACAACGUGAAGGCUGCGACUCACAGGUUCUUUAAUCUUCCUGUUGAGGAGAAGAGCAGGUUCACAAAGGAGAAUUCUCUGACGACCAAUGUUAGGUUCGGUACUAGUUUCAGUCCUCGUGCUGAGAAGGCUCUCGAGUGGAAAGAUUAUCUCAGUCUCUUCUUUGUGUCCGAAGCCGAAGCUGAACAGUUUUGGCCUGAUGUUUGCAAGAAUGAAGCUCUAGAGUACAUGAACAAGUCCAAGACAAUGGUGCGGAAGCUUCUAGAGUAUUUAGGAAAAAAUCUCAACGUGAAAGAGCUAGACGAGACCAAAGAAUCACUCUUCAUGGGCUCAAUCCGAGUCAACCUCAACUACUAUCCCAUCUGUCCUAACCCUGACCUAACCGUUGGCGUUGGUCGUCACUCAGACGUCUCUUCCCUCACCAUUCUCUUACAAGACCAAAUCGGUGGCCUCCACGUGCGUUCUCUAUCUUCAGGGAACUGGGUUCACGUGCCACCGGUUCCUGGAUCCUUUGUCAUCAACAUAGGAGACGCCAUGCAGAUCUUGAGCAACGGUCGUUACAAGAGCGUGGAGCAUCGUGUCUUAGCUAACGGUAGUAACAACAGAAUCUCUGUUCCUAUCUUUGUGAAUCCAAAACCAGAGUCAGUGAUUGGUCCUCUCCCUGAGGUGGUCGCAAAUGGUGAGGAACCGAUUUAUAAAGACGUUGUGUACUCUGAUUACGUCAGGUACUUCUUCAAGAAGGCACAUGAUGGAAAGAAAACCGUUGACUUCGCCAAGAUAUGAUCAGAACCAGACCUAAAUGGAGUUUGGUUUCUUGUUUUGUUUCAUGUUUGUGUGUUUGCUUGUGAGUGAAUAAAGAAGACUCUCUUCCAUAUUGUGUUGUAUACAGUUUCUCUUAUAUAAAAAAGUGUUACAAAAGCA